GAGCAAAAGAUGCUGUACAAAAAAUAUCUGGAAUUUGUAAAGCGCAUCUCACCGAAGAAUGUCAACAAUGGAGAAAAGAAUAUCUAUACAUAAGACGACAAAUCUAUAAUUCAAAUUCUUUAUUGUUAGAUCUGAACUUGGACUAA